AUGGGGAGCAAAGGUGAAGAGAUUGUACCAGAUGACGCAGGUCAGAAGGACACGGCGUGCAGCAGUGAUUUUGCAGAGGAUCAAGAGGGAGACCCAACAGUGGGCAAGACUGCCCUGGCACAGAUCUUCCGCAGUGACGGAGCCCAUUUCCAGAAGAACUACACCCUGACAACAGGGGUGGAUUUGGUGGUGAAGAUGGUGCCAGUUCCCAACACAGGUGACAGUGUGGAACUCUUCAUUUUUGACUCUGCCGGCAAGGAGCUGUUUUCUGAAAUGCUGGAUAAAUUGUGGGAGAGUCCCAAUGUCUUAUGUGUUGUCUAUGAUGUGACCAAUGAGCAGUCCUUCAACAACUGCAGCAAGUGGCUAGAGAAGGCUCGGUCGCAGAUUCCAGGCACUUCCCUCCCAGGUGUUUUAGUGGGGAAUAAGACAGACCUGGCCAGCAGACGAGCAGUGGACUCAGCUCAGGCCCAGGCGUGGGCGCUGGGCCAAGGCCUGGAAUAUUUUGAAACAUCCGUGAAGGAGAUGGAGAACUAUGAAGCCCCUUUCCACUGUCUGGCCAAGAAGUUCCACCACCUGUACCGGGAGAAGGUGGAGGUGUUCCACACAUUGGCAUGAGGGCAAGUGGACCAUGCCGCAGGACAGCGCAGUGCUGCAUGAAGCUGGCGGUGGGCUUGGCUCCUUGGAAGACAAGAGAAGAUGGAAGAGCCUCUGCACUUGCAGUGUAUCGUGACACUUUUAAAUAAAAUGAGGAGAAAAUGUGGAA